AUGGUUCGAGUCCUCCCGUCACUUUUCGCCAUUUGCGCGGUAUUGGACCUGGCAUUGGCCGCCUGUCUUUCGACACCCAAAGCCACAACGCUCAAUGGUACAUACACUGGUGUCCGCAUCCGCGAGUUCGAUCAGGAGGCUUUUUGGGGUGGCGUGAAAUCUGCGGCGUCUUACGGCGCACUCUGCCCGACCACACCCAACCCGACUGCUUUCGCCGACGCAGGGUUCACGUACAGCGAUGACUGCCUCAACCUCAAUAUUCUCCGUCCAGCCCGUACGGCACCUGGUGACAAGCUGCCCGUUGCGGUCUGGAUCCAUGGAGGUAGCUUUUCAGCUGGUUUCGGGCCUGACGGCAACACAAACACAUCCUAUGUCGUGAAAGCGAGCAUGGAAAACGAGCUUCCGAUCAUCACAAUCACGCUUAACUAUCGUCUGGGCUUCCUCGGUUUUCCUGGAGGUCCUGAUGCCACGGCUGCUGGCAUCACGAACCUCGGUCUCAAGGACCAGCAUCUUGCUCUGCGCUGGAUUCGGGAGAACAUUGCCGCGUUCGGUGGCGAUCCUGACAAGGUGACGCUCUGGGGACAGUCGGCUGGCGCAAUGUCCAUCACCCACCAGCUCCUUGCCUACGGAGGAAACGGUGCUUCCGGUCUGUUCCGUGGCGCCAUCGCCGUGAGCGGAACCGGCGGCCUGGGCACCAAUAGCCUGACUCCCGACGAGGUGCGCGUGUCGCAGGCCUACGACACUGUUCUCAACCUGACCAGUUGUGCCAAUGCCGCGGACAGACUCGACUGCCUACGAGAGGUAGACUACAAGGCCCUCUACGACGUCGGCCAGCAGGCCUCCGCGGCGGCAGGCCUUGCGCCCUUGUGGUGGCCCUCCGUCGAUGGGGAUUUCAUCACCGAGUCCCCGAGCCUGCUCGCCGCCGGUCGUUUCCCCCGCGACAUUAACUUCAUCAGCGGCACCAACAGCGACGAAGGCCUCCUCGUGGCUCAGCUGCUCCAGCAGUCCUUUGGACCGAUCGAGGAUGACGCAACGCUCCUCUUCAUUCUCGGCGCUCUCUUCUUCCCAGCUGCCCGACCGGAGGUUCUGCAGAAGAUCCUCGAUGCGUACCCCGUGGACGCGCCGUCGCCGCCGUACUCGUUGCCCAUGAAAGCCGCCAGUGGCGAGGACGUCUUCUGCGACGCCAUGAAGGCGGCAGGCCAGCUCUGUGGAGCGCAGUACAGGCGCACGGCCGCCAUCUUCGGCGACUUCCAGAUCAUCAACGGGCGGAGGUUCUUCGCGGAGAGUCUUGCCAAGCAGGGCGUCGACGUCUUCACCUACAGGUUCGACACGAACCCGACUUCCAUCCCGAUCAGCAGCAUCCUGACGCCCGGGUUCACGGCGCAUUCCACCGAGUACACGUACUUCUUCAACCUGCCGCCUGGGUAUAACAUGUACGGCAUGAACCCGCAGGUCGUGAACAUCAGCUCUCACCUCGAGCUUUCGAGGGGCAUUGUGGAUAAACUCGUCUCGUACAUUGCUACUGGCGAUCCCAACACGUUUAACGUGGACUUUAUCCCGAAGUGGCCUACUUAUGACUUGGCGUCGCCGAAGAAUAUGCUCCUCAAUGCGACCGAGUCUGAUAAUCAGCUCAAUGUUCGUCUUGAGCCCGAUACGUGGCGUGCCGAGGGCAUGGCUUUGUGGCCGCAGUAUCCGAUUGAGCUUGACCUCGGAAGUACAUGGAGGCCGCAGAUGUGA